UGAGCUACAAGUUCCUGGGCGAGCGCGACUGCGCGGCGCCCUGCGAGCCCGCGCGCCCCGACGGCUCCAUGUUCUUCUCGCAGGAGGAGACGCGGUUCGCGCGCCUCUGGAUCCUCACCUGGUCCGUGCUGUGCUGCGCGUCCACCUUCUUCACCGUCACCACCUACCUGGUGGACAUGCAGCGCUUCCGCUACCCCGAGCGGCCCAUCAUCUUCCUGUCGGGCUGCUACACCAUGGUCUCGGUGGCCUACAUCGCCGGCUUCGUGCUGCAGGAGCGCGUGGUGUGCAACGAGCGCUUCUCCGAGGACGGCUACCGCACGGUGGUGCAGGGCACCAAGAAGGAGGGCUGCACCAUCCUCUUCAUGAUGCUCUACUUCUUCAGCAUGGCCAGCUCCAUCUGGUGGGUCAUCCUGUCGCUCACCUGGUUCCUGGCGGCCGGCAUGAAGUGGGGCCACGAGGCCAUCGAGGCCAACUCGCAGUACUUCCACCUGGCCGCGUGGGCC